CUCACCCUCACUUAUGAAGAAGCGUCCAUAGGGAAAUUCUAAUUGGAAACGUGGAUUUUCGUUUUACAAAUGGAAAAAAUUAGUCUCAACUAAAGAAAACGCAUUCCAUCCAGUCGUCCACCAAAGCACAUAACACGAUUUCUACAACGCCGUCAUCGCCAUGGCGGAACCGCGACGACUGAGAGGGCACAACGCCGCCGCCACUUGCUGUCUGGCUUCCCUCAGUCGUCCAGGCGUCAUUGUCACCGCCGCCGAGGAUGGCAUCGCGUGCUGGUAUGAUUUGCGGUGCAAGGAUGUGUUGUUUACGGCGAAUGUAGGGAAUGGAAGCCCUGUUUCAUCUUUGUGCUUUAAGCCUGGGAAUGAGGAUAUCAUCUACGUUUCUGCAGGAAAUGAAGUCAAGUGCUUUGAUUUGCAUAUGAUAGCUUCAUGGAAGCAUCUAGGGUGUUACAACUAUAACAAGGAUGAAAUAAAUCAGAUUGCUUGCCACUCUAAAUCAUCUUUCCUAGCUGCUCCUGAUGAUUCUGGAGAUGUGAAGGUAUAUCAUUUUUUUAGUGAUUUGGUUUUUGUUUCAGCACUGAUAAUACAAUUGGUUUUAUGUACACAUUGGUGUGGUGUAAGCAAUUGUGCCGGGCAGUUUAGAUGCGAGACAGUGAAAACAUGCUUUUUGAGAAGAAACUAGUUAGGACGGGAAGAAACUAGGGCCAAUUGUUGUACAUUUACUGAACUAUGAAAGAGAUGUAUCGAAGUUCUUAAAAUUUCCUUUUUGCUAUUUUGGAAUUAAUUGACUUUGUCCAAUUAUUAGUUUAACAUUUGAUAGAUAGGCGGUGUAGGCCAAUUAUAAAAGGAAGAAGGCUACCAUAGUAGCUGAAUUCUGCAUCCUGUCACUCAAUCUGAAUUCUGCAUCUUAAGCCUUUAGGAGCCUCGUUAUAAUUUAAUUACAAUUUUACUAACUCUUCAUGUUAAGGGAUCGUGUCUUUGUUGCAGAUCAUUGAUGUCCACCAACAAUGUCUAUACAAAACAUUGAGAGCUGGCCACACGAGUAUUUGCAGCAGUGUUCAGUUUCUUCCUUGGAGAUCGUGGGAAGUUAUCACUGGGGGUUUCGAUUCGAAACUUGUGGUGUGGGACUUCUCCAAAGGACGUGCAAACAAAACUAUCGAUUUUGGCAGUGAGAAUGGAUCUGAACAGUGCUGUAACCCACCUUUCGUGCACUCAAUAAUCCUUCCCGAACUUGAUAUGGUCGACAAAAUCGGCAAAAUCUGUGUAGCUGCCAGAGGAGAUGGCAUCAUCAGCAUAAUCAAUCUCGAUUUUCAAACCACCGCCAGCAAAUCAAAAAAAUCGUCAAAAACGAAGAAAACCCAAGCCGAUUGUGAAAGCACAACAACAAACCAAGAUGAUAGUAGAGACCUGAAAUUGGAUUACUCUAUUGGCGGACACGUAGCUUCAGUAUCCUCAGUGGCCUUUUCCAUGUUUGGGGAGAAAGGAAAGUUUGUGAUAUCAGGCGGGAAUGAUAAAUCGGUGAAGAUUUGGGAUUGGUCGAAAGCUUUUGAUGCUGAUCUGGCUAGCAAUGAUGGUGGUGACCCUCUCGUGUGUUCGAACAUUAGUCUGAGGAGAAAGGUUAAUUGGCUCUGCACGACUCCCUCUGACUCGGAAAACUUGGUCGUUUGUGACACGUCUAAAGUGGUAAAGGUCUAUACAAUUGGGUAAAACUGGUGGGAAUAUUUGGCUCGUGAGUUGCUACAAGGCAGAUCAAAGCCCUAAAUUACUAGAAUGUAAUUCUACUUUAAUUGCCUGAAUCUUUUCCUAGAAGUUUAACUUUGCUUUGGAAUUGAAAUAUUCACUAGGUCAAAUUAGGAUACAUGCUAACUUUGUCCACGAAAAAUAUCUGUCAGAAGCUAUAACUUUAAGAUUAGUUCUCUUCAGUUAAUAACGUACAUUAGAGUAGUUUUGCAUAAGGUUGUGUUUGGGACUUGGAUAGUAAAGCAAUCAGACGUAUCUAAUUGUGACAGAUCUCAUUCAUGAUUUAGCGUAUGGUGAGUUGGUGACGAUGAAUAUCACAGUUGGCUCGGGCCCAGUUGGAAAUGCAUUGCCACCGGGCUUUACAGCAUAACUAGGCCCAAGUUGUACACUGGGCUUUAUGGGUAUUUUAUUGUAACAAUAUUUAAAAACCUUUCCU